CUGACUUGAUGUGUUGUGGCGUUCUCCUUGUAAUAUUGGCCUGGCUGCGCCGUUCUUUUCGCCAUGCAUGAGCCCAUGCGUAGCCAUAUUCUCAUGGAGCAGAGCUUGAAGAAGGAGCAAGCAGCCCUGGCGAGAGAUCCGACACGAGCAAGCAGUUGGUCAAGGAUCCACCCAGGGCAAGGAUGGGCCCCAGCAAAGAAGAGCAGAGGAGGGAGGAGGAGGAACGCUUUCAACAAAUCAUGGAGCUGGGGAAGCGAAGCUUACCUGAUGAGAGCGCGGCCCCACCACCACUUCGCAACAUCCAACCUUACAGGCUCCCCCGUUCCGGCGACCGCGUCGAGUUGUGCGGCUUGCGACGAAGGGCGGAGCUCAAUGGGCAGCUGGGCGAGGUCAUGGGGAUCAUCGAUGAAGACGGCUUUGUGGAAGUCCAGGUUCGUCAUCCUGGCCAGGGCCGACUACGCUUGCGCCCUCGGUGCUUAGCUCCUGCUGACAAGACCCUGGAGACUAGUCUAUGGACUGCAUCCGAGACAUCCAGCAUCAGGACUGUCUCCAGCCGAUCAGCUCGGGCCAGCGAGCUGGGCCUCGUCGCAUCGCAAAGCUGCUCCCAUCUCAGUGCAGCAGAGACGGGAUCCGGCUCCACCUGCCGUAGUACUUCCAUGUCAUCCACCUGGACUGGUAGCACAAACCCAUCCAGUUCAUCAUCACAUCGACCAUUGCCGAGCAUUUGGUUGAAGCAGAGAAGCAAAGAUCUUUCUCUCAAUUACAUCCCUACGAAAGUAAUCAUUUGAGGAUGGCCUCCACUGAUGGCCUCGUUUCAUUUGGGAUUCCCAAAGAUGGAAUCGGGAGACUUCCGGUCACGGUUUUCGUUGAGCUGCUCGUACUUACCCCAUAGCCAUUGGGUUUGUUGCCCAAAUGUGUCGCCCGUCGCCUCGCAGUGCCAACGCAUGCGUGUGCUUGUUCGGGCGUCGAGACGCCAUGGUGGUCGACGAGAGAAAACACCAGUCCAUGCCGAUCACAGCCGAUGUACACGAGUGUGUUCCGC